AUGCCUGUCAUCAACCUUGGCCCGUUCGGCCGCUUCGAAAUCACUCGGCAAACGACGCCAGCAGAACCACUUCUGCCAGUACACAAGGACUCAAGCGUCAUCGACAUCGACGAUAAGCCUCAACCUUACACUGCACUGCCUACAGCACCCUCGGCCAUCACGAACCCCUUGGAAUCUCAGCUUCACCAACAUCACGACCUGACGAACCGAAAGACGGCAGACGAAGUAGAAUGGACUAGCUCAGCUAGGGCAGAGAAGCCUGCAUGCCGCGUGCGACAGCUGCGGCGCUAUCUGAUCGAGAUCGUGGCGCUGACUCUAGGUGCGGAUUUUGACCAGCUGAAUGUUGCGUUGUACAACGACAAGGACAUUACUGGGACAAAUUCUAUCCUUUCCGCCAUCGAGCGUGACGAGCUGUUCGCCCUCUCAUGCCUCGUGAAGAGAGUCCACGAUACCCAUGUAAACAAGCUCGCCAUCAACGAACAAGACCGACAACACAUUCUCGACACGAUCACACAUCCGGCCGACGACAUAGACAGCUGGGGCCUGAGAAGUUGCGUCAUGGAUCUCAUCGCCUGGUACGGCGAACCUCUUACGCGCCCCAUCCCUUGGGCUGAAACUGUGCCCAACUAUUUCAGAAUUCAUCAUGCAUCUUCCGGGUCGUACAUUGGCGAACUCCCAGUAGCUUUAAUGAGGAGUCUUGGUUCUUUUAUAACGCGUAUUGCGAUGAAAGAAGAGGUGGGAACUGUGCUUGUACAGGCCUUUGAGGCAUGUUGCCAGCGUGAGGGCUAUGGUGAAGUUGUUCCUGGGGACCAAUACACUCCUAUCAGGUUCAAGUAUUUAGACCUAUACUUCAAAGUCUUCUACUCGCGGCGAGUUUUGUUACAAGAAAAGGUAUGUCAGAAAUGGUAUGGAAGCAAGUGGGGAGAUUGCGUGUGCGGAAAGAAGGCUCCAUUGGACGAGGCAGCACACGCAGUCAUGAGUGAAGAGCAAUUCCAGGCGGAACUUUUGAAAAUAGCGACGGCUGGGGAUGCAUUGGAGGUCAUAACGCGUGCAAGUAGCUUGCUCAGCCGCCUUUCACGCCGGUGA